UUCAUUCAUUUUCUUAUUCUUAUUUGACCAUUACAUGCACACAAACACAAGAAAUAAUAAGUCUAGCUUUACAAACUUGAACACACAAAAAGAGAGAGCAAGAUUUCCUCAAUGAAGAAACAAGGCUGUGAAAUUGAAGCUAUAGGGAUUAACUUCAACAUCUACACACAAAAGAGAGAAAACCCUUUUAAAAUCUUCACAAAAAACAAGCUAAAUGACUGUGAUCAUGGACCUGAAACUUCUCCUUCCAAGCUUGAAGAAGCAGCUGCAGCUGCAACAAAUCCUCGAAUCAGGCAUGUUCUGAGGAACAUAAACUGCAAGGCCAAACCGUGGGAACUCCUCGCGAUUGUCGGUCCAAGUGGCGCUGGAAAGUCUUCUUUACUUGAGAUUCUUGCGGGAAAACUCACUCCUCAUAGUGGUUCCAUUUUGGUGAAUGAUAAUCCCAUUGACAAGCCUCUGUUCAAGAAGAUUUCUGGGUAUGUUACUCAAAAGGACACUCUAUUUCCUCUCCUUACAGUGGAAGAAACGCUCAUGUUUAGCGCCAAGCUGCGGUUGAGGCUCCCGGAACCUGAGCUGAGGUCUAGAGUUAAGUCUCUCAUUCAGGAGCUUGGCCUGGGGCCUGUGGCCACGGCUAGAGUUGGUGAUGACAGGGUUCGGGGGAUUUCUGGUGGUGAAAGACGACGGGUUUCGAUUGGAGUUGAUGUGAUUCAUGACCCCAGAGUGUUGAUUCUUGAUGAGCCAACUUCAGGUCUUGACAGCACCAGUGCCCUGCAGAUUAUAGACAUGCUGAAAGUGAUGGCAGAAACUAGAGGGAGGACCAUAAUUUUGAGUAUUCAUCAGCCUGGUUUUCGCAUUGUAAAGAUGUUUAAUUCAAUACUUAUGCUGGCGAAUGGCUCGGUUUUGCAUCAUGGCACGGUGGCUCAGCUCGGUGUAUGUUUGAGAACAAUGGGAUUGCAGCUUCCUCUUCAUGUCAAUGUUGUUGAAUAUGCAAUAGAGUCAAUUGAAUUGAUUCAGGAACAGAGAAAAAUGCUGCAAGAAAUGCAGCCACAAAUAGUGUCAACACCACAGCUAAAGAAAGGGGAAGAGGGGGAGAGUAGAAGUGGAAAGUUCACUCUGCAACAACUUUUUCAACAAUCAAAAGUUGCCGAUGAGGAAACUAUCAUUAAUGUUGGAAUUGAUAUUCCUAGAGAUUUCGCAAAUUCAAGAUUUCAAGAGACUAUAAUUCUCACUCACAGGUUCUCGAAAAACAUUUUUCGAACCAGGGAGUUAUUCGCCUGCCGAACAAUUCAAAUGCUGAUUUCUGGGUUUGUUUUGGGAUCAAUAUUUCAUAAUGUUAAAGAUGAUUUACUCGGAGCUCAAGAAAAGGUAGGUCUCUUUGCAUUCAUAUUGACAUUUUUGUUAUCCUGCACAACCGAAGCUCUACCAGUGUUUCUGCAAGAGAGGGAUAUUUUGAUGAAGGAGACAUCCUGUGGAAGCUACAGAAUUUCAUCAUAUGCCAUAGCCAACGGACUAGUUUACUUGCCAUUUCUACUCAUCCUAGCCAUAUUAUUCUCAAUUCCUCUAUACUGGCUUGUGGGGCUAAACCCUAAUUUCAUGGCUUUUAUGCACUUCUUAUUACUAAUCUGGUUGGUUCUCUACACAGCAAAUUCAGUUGUGGUGUGCUGCAGUGCUUUAGUCCCUAAUUUCAUCGUCGGAAACUCAGUGAUUUCCGGCGUCAUGGGAUCUUUCUUUCUGUUCUCCGGUUACUUCAUAUCAAACCAUGGCAUCCCAAGUUAUUGGAUUUUCAUGCAUUAUAUAUCACUGUUUAAGUAUCCAUUUGAAGAGUUUUUAAUAAACGAGUUCUCUACUUCAAGGAAGUGCUUGCAGUAUAUUUUCGGGAGAUGUAUGUUGACUGGGGAAGAUGUUCUGAAAGAAGCAGGAUAUGAAAAAGAGAGUAGCUGGAGGAAUUUGGUGAUAAUGGUGUGUUUCAUCUUGGUUUACAGGUUCAUCUCUUAUGUAAUUCUCAGGUUCAGAUGCUCUCAGAGAAGUCUAAAGGAAGCUAUAGUUUAAAGAAUAUGAUGAAACUCCUCUCUCCUUUUUUUUUUUUUUUUUUUUUUUUUUUUAUUAUUAUUAUUCUCUCUUUCUAUCUCUCACGAGUGUUAACAGGAUUGUUCACAUGUUUUUGGAAUUUACUUAAGAUAGCAUCGAAAGAAGCACAUAAAGAAA